UCUACUGCUUGUAAUAGAAAGCAAAGGGCGGUGAUUAAGCACUGCCAGCCAAUGGGUGAACGCGGGGAGGACUGUGUGGGCGGGUUUAUGUCGCCGUCAGUCAGUUUCAGAAAAAGAGGACCACAGAGGCAGAAAAAGAGUCCGGGAGAAGGACCAACCCCACCGGAUUCGCAUCCUGACAACAGCUCGGAGGUUUGCGCAAAAACGCCAAUGCCGCACUUGGACUUUAUGGAGGAUUAAAUUAUUCCAUCGACUCGAAAAAGAGAGACAGAUUCUACAAUUUGACCGGUUAGCUCAAGCUUUGGGCUCGACACUUCGGUCCGGCGCCAGGAGGAGAGUCUUGAUCGAAAAUGAAGAGCCUGGAGGAGCCCCCUUACCUGACCGUGGGCACGGACGUGAGCGCCAAGUACCGGGGAGCCUUCUGCGAAGCCAAGAUCAAAACCGCCAAGAGACUGGUCAAAGCCAAGGUGACGUUUAAGCAGGACUCGUCCACGGGGGAGGUGCACGACGAACACAUCCGAGGGCCUUUGAAGGUUGGUGCUACUGUGGAAGUUCGAAAACAGGAUGGAAUGUACCAAGAAGCUACAAUCAACAAAUUAACAGACGCCAGCCUGUAUACAGUUGUGUUUGAUGAUGGAGAUGAGAAGACCCUCAGACGUUCUUCUCUGUGCCUGAAAGGAGCUCGGCACUUUGCAGAGAGCGAGACGCUAGACCAACUCCCCCUGACCAACCCGGAGCACUUCGGCACGCCAGUCAUCGGCAAGAAGGGCAACCGCGGGAGACGGUCCAAUCCGAUCCAAGAGGAGGACUCGUCUUCGUCCUCCAGCGAGGAGGAGGAGGGUGACCAGCGACCGAACGACGAGCUGCUGGGCAAGGUGGUGUGCGUGGACUGCGUCUCCAGCGGCGACAAGAAGACGAGCCCGUGGUACCCAGCAAUGGUUAUUUCGCCGGACUGCAGGGACGAAUCUCAGAUGAAGAAGGACAGCGUGCUCGUCCGCUCCUUCCAGGACGGGAAAAUCUACACGGUGUUGCGGAAGGACAUUCGGGAGAUGGACGCUGACGUCGGCCUGAAACCAGACGCGGGGCUGAAACCAGCCAUCGACAGCGCCCUGGACUUCCUGCGGAGAGGGGCGGUGCCCAGCGUCUGGAGAACGGAGCUGAAAGAGGACACCUCCAGCAGUGAGGAAGAGGAUGAUGGCGAGGAAGAGGAGCAGGAGGAGGAUGCCAGCAGUGAAGAAGAGGAAGAGGAGGAAGUGGAGCCUUUUCCAGAGGAGAGAGAGAACUUCCUGCAGCAGCUGUACAAGUUCAUGGAGGACAGAGGCACUCCCAUUAACAAGAGGCCAGUGUUGGGCUACAGGAACCUCAACCUCUUUAAGCUCUACAGGCUGGUGAAUAAGCUGGGAGGCUUCGAUAAUAUUGACAGCGGCUCUGUGUGGAAGCAGGUGUACCAGGACCUGGGGAUCCCCGUGCUCAACUCAGCUGCUGGAUACAACGUCAAGUGUGCCUACAGAAAAUAUCUUUACGGCUUCGAGGAGUACUGCACCUCGGCCGGGAUACGCUUCCGGAUGGACCUCCCUCACAAGCUGGCGGAGAAGCCGGGCCCCAGGCUGCAGAAGAAGGUGGAGACGGAGCCCGGGGCCCCUGGCCCUCGAACCCGAGUCCAGCAGAGCCCUCACACAGAGAGCAAAGCCCCGGACACUGAGCCCAGCGUCUGCAAGGAGGAGAGGGCCUCUGACCCCGGCGGCCCCGGAAACGCCAAACCCGAGGCCGUCGCGCCGACGAAAGAGGACGCCGAAGACGAGGAAGAGGACGAUUGCAAGCGGGAGGAGGAAGAUGGAGGCGGGCCUCCGGGCCCCUGGCAGGACGACGUGAAGCCGGACGGUUUCGACGACCCCGAGGACAGGGAGAAAUCGAGGGAUGCCAGCAGUGAGGAGGGGGAAGGGGAGGAGUUUGAGUGUUACCCCCCUGGCAUGAAGGUGCAGGUGAGGUACGGGCGAGGCCGCAAUCAGAAGACGUACGAGGCCACUGUGAAAGAGUCAGACCUGGAGGGGGGAGAAGUGCUGUACCUGGUGCAUUACUGUGGCUGGAACAUCAGGUACGACGAGUGGAUCAAAGCGGACAAGAUCAUACGGCCGGCCAAUAAGAACGCUCAGAAAGUCAAACACCGCAAGAAAAUAAAGAACAAAGCGGAACGAGAGAAAGAGCUGCUGGAGAGGUUGGGGGAGAGCGGUGACCUCUCCCCCGGGAGGAACCACCGCCUGCACCGACCCCCCCGGUCCGGGGGCCCCCACGGCCCCUUCUCCCGGCUGGACGGCAAAGGGCCCGAGUCUUCGCCCGUCAAGGCCCUGGAGGCGGCGUCGGCGCUCAACGGCCUUCGAGGUUCUGAGAGCUCAUCGGAUGAGGACACCGACAGAGAGGAGGAGGAGGAUGAGGAUGGUGACAAUGAGGAAGACGAGCGAGUGCCGGGCGGGCUGGGCAGCCCUGCCGAGGACUCUCGUGCCACAGAGCGCAGGGAGGGUGGCCCACCACCAGAGGGCGCCAGAGCGGCUGCGGCAGCAGGGGAGGGAGCCCGUAACGCGGACGUCCAGGACUGCAGCAAGCGCAGGCCCGAGCCCGAGGGCGAGAGGGGCGCCAGGAGGAGGAGAGCGGAGGGCACGUCCAAAACCAGAGCCAGAAGAGGAGACUGGCUGCCGAGCGGCUCCCCCAAGAGGCCGGAGGACCGAGGCGCGGGCUCCAGGGAGGAGGCCAGGCUGAUGUCCAGCAGCAGCAGCUCGGAGGACGAGGAGGAAGGGGGAGGCGCCUGUCGGGAGCCACGCCCAGAGGAGGGGCCGCGGCAGCGUGGCAGGUCCAAAGCCACGCCCUCCAGGAAGUACAACGGGCUGAAGGAUAAGACAAAAGGCGGGCGGCCCUCCGCAUUCUGGGAGGUUCCGGAAAAGAGGCCCAAGCUGGCCCUGGGGUGUGAGGAGAGGCUGCCGGGGAGAACCAAGGGGCAGAAGGACAUGUGGUGCAGCAUCCAGCCCCAGUGGCCCAAGAAGACCCUGAAGGAGCUGUUCUCCGACUCGGACACGGAGGCCGCGAACUCGCCCCCGCCCCCUCCGGCCCCGCCCUCCGAGGACCCCCGGGAGGACCCCGGCGCCGCGGCGACGGCGGACGAGGACAGGGAGGCGUCCGAGGGGAAGGCGGAGCCGGAGAAGACUCGGGAGUUCCUCAGCAGCGGCAGCAACUCGGUGCUGAACACCCCGCCCACCACGCCCGAUUCGCCCUCGCAGGCCCCGCCCACCGCGGUGGAGGCGGAGUCUGCCCCGCCGCCGCCGCCGGCCGACCCGGCCCCGCCCGCCUCCCCGCCCCCCUCGGGCCCCCCCCCCGGGCGGGCGGAGAGCGUGGGCGGGCGCAGCGAGACGGACAGCAGCACGGUGGAGGUGGAGAGUUUGGGCGGGGAGCUGCAGGAGCUCCACCCCCCCGAGGACAGGCCCGGCUCGCCCCCGCUGGCCUUCGACGGCGGCUUCUCCUCCAAUAGCAACAGCAACUGCAGCCUGGCCCUCAGCGGCAGCAGCCAACAGGACAGCGAGCAGAGGGACAAAGCGGUGGCGAGCCAGAAGAGGCAGCGGGAACCGCCACAGGUCGCCAGCGCCCCCAAGAAACAAAAGCGAAGCCACAAGAACGGCGGAACCCAUCCAAAAAAGAGGAAAACAGCACACAGCAGUGACAGUGAGGACCAGGCCAUCAGCGAGAGUGCCGGCAAGUCUCCCUCCUCCAAGACCAACAUGGCCGCCCUCAAGCCCGCGGGGAGGUCGCCCCCUUCUGGCCACCACAAGUACCACAAGUCCGGAGACUCCGAGCACCACGCCCACCACAGGGAGAGCCACGCCCGCUCGCCCAGGGUCUACAAGUGGAGCUUCCAGAUGUCGGACCUGGAGAAGAUGAGCAGUCUGGAGAGGAUCUCCUUCCUCCAGGAGAAACUGCAGGACAUUCGCAAUCACUACCUCUCCCUGAAGUCCGAGGUGGCCUCCAUCGACCGCAGGAGAAAACGCAUGAAGAAGAAGGAGCGAGAAAGUGUAGCGGCUGCUUCCUCUUCCUCCUCCUCCUCCUCCUCUCCGUCCUCCAGCUCCUUAACGGCGGCCGUCAUGUUGACUCUGGCCGACCCCGUAUCGGGGACCACGCAGAACUCUGGGGUGUCGGUGGAGUGCAGGUGACAGGACCCCCGGGGUACCCCCAGCACCCCCUGUGCCCCCCCUCCCCAACCCCAAACCCCAAACGACUGACCACACAGACUACUGAGGCACAAAACAAGCUCAACAGAACAAGGAGCACCUUUUCCUAUUGACCGCUGUUCUCUUGGCAAGCUAACUCUGCACUUAAGUGCACUUUUAUGAAGGAGGUGAGGUGGGGGGGAUGGUGG